GGAGGGCACAGAGUGGCUGAAGCUGGCGUCACCUUCCGUUGCUAAGGUAACGUGCGCUGGCCAUAUUAUCUGAUAAAGGAAGUCCACUGGAUGGAAUACAUUAUUCAUCACUGAUCUAAUCAAACAAUCAAAAUUGUUUACUUUCUCUGGGAAUAUUUAGUGAGAUCAAAGACAGCUGGCUGGAACUGCCCUUGUUUGGCUACAGGCGGACAGUUAGCCCUUGAUUUUUUUUCUUUUCUUUUUUUUACAGUAUCUAAGUGAAGAUAUUCUCUCCAAAUCCUGUGUUUGGAACAUCAACAAUGGAUUAUCCCAAAAUGGAUUAUUUUCUGGAUGUCGAGUCUGCUCAUAGACUCUUGGAUGUGGAGUCAGCUCAAAGAUUCUUCUAUAGCCAAGGAGCUCAAGCUCGCCGGGCGACCCUGCUCCUGCCUCCCACAUUAAUGGCGGCAUCUUCAGAGGAUGACAUAGACCGGAGGCCCAUCCGCAGAGUCCGCUCCAAGAGUGACACCCCGUACCUUGCGGAGGCCAGGAUCUCCUUUAACCUGGGGGCAGCUGAGGAAGUGGAGAGGCUGGCGGCGAUGCGUUCCGACUCCCUGGUCCCGGGCACGCACACCCCACCCAUCCGGAGGAGAAGUAAGUUUGCCAACCUGGGGAGGAUUUUCAAGCCUUGGAAAUGGAGAAAGAAGAAAAGCGAAAAGUUCAAACACACAUCAGCAGCUCUGGAGAGGAAGAUCUCAAUGAGACAAAGCAGAGAGGAGCUUAUCAAGCGAGGGGUCUUGAAGGAAAUCUAUGAUAAAGAUGGGGAGCUCUCCAUAUCCAAUGAAGAUGACUCCCUGGAAAAUGGGCAGUCCUUGAGCUCCAGCCAGCUGUCUCUGCCUGCACUGUCAGAAAUGGAGCCGGUCCCCAUGCCCAGGGAUCCCUGUUCAUACGAGGUGCUCCAAGCUUCAGACAUUAUGGAUGGGCCAGAUCCUGGCGCCCCCGUGAAAUUGCCUUGUCUGCCAAUGAAACUGUCACCUCCGCUACCUCCAAAGAAAGUCAUGAUCUGUAUGCCCGGCGGGGGCCCAGAGCUCUCCCUGGCAGCCUACGCAGCCCAGAAGAGCAGCCAACAGGGCGUGGCCCAGCACCACCACACCGUCCUGCCGUCUCAGAUCCAGCACCAGCUGCAGUAUGGCAGCCACGGCCAGCACCUCCCCUCCUCCACCGGCACCCUCCCCAUGCACCCCUCCGGCUGCAGGAUGAUAGAUGAGCUGAAUAAAACGCUGGCCAUGACCAUGCAGAGGCUGGAAAGUUCUGAGCAGCGAGUCCCCUGUUCCACUUCUUACCACAGCUCUGGUUUGCACUCAAGUGACGGUGUCACAAAAGCAGGACCCCUGGGCCUUCCAGAAAUAAGACAAGUGCCAACUGUUGUGAUUGAAUGUGAUGACAAUAAAGAAAAUGUGCCUCAUGAGUCGGACUAUGAAGACUCUUCUUGCCUAUACACAAGAGAAGAGGAGGAAGAGGAAGAGGAUGAAGAUGAUGACAGCUCUCUGUACACCAGCUCCCUGGCCAUGAAGGUCUGCAGGAAGGACUCCUUAGCCAUCAAACUCAGCAACAGGCCCUCCAAGCGAGAGCUAGAAGAAAAGAACAUUCUCCCCAGGCAGACGGAUGAGGAGAGGCUGGAGCUAAGGCAGCAGAUUGGCACCAAGCUCACCAGGCGGCUGAGCCAGAGGCCAACUGCUGAAGAGUUGGAGCAGAGGAACAUCCUGAAACCUCGGAAUGAACAAGAAGAACAGGAGGAGAAACGAGAGAUCAAGAGGCGGCUAACUCGAAAGCUCAGUCAAAGGCCCACAGUGGAAGAACUUCGGGAAAGGAAGAUCCUCAUCCGCUUCAGUGACUACGUGGAGGUGGCCGAUGCUCAGGACUAUGACCGCAGGGCAGACAAGCCGUGGACCCGCCUCACCGCUGCUGAUAAAGCUGCCAUUCGGAAGGAGCUCAAUGAAUUUAAAAGCACGGAGAUGGAAGUUCAUGAGUUGAGUAGACACUUAACAAGGUUUCACCGACCUUAACAGUGGAAUUGCUCUUGAGUACUCUGCUGUCUUCAAAACAUAAAUUUAUAAGAACCAUAAGUGCUGGUAUUUAUUCACUUCCCCAUUAAGAUGUAAAUCUUUUGAACUGCCUUUUUUUUAAAAAAAAGAGAGAGAGAGAGAGAAAGAGAAGAAAAAGAAGCAGCAGCAAAAUAAAAGGAAACAAUCAGGAUUCUAUGUGUGACAACAUCGUGAUGGUGACCGAUGCUCCAUCAGAACUGCAGGCUCUACUUCCAGUACUGAAAUGGGUCCCAAGCAGCCAGCAGAGCCCAGACUGAAGACCUCGCAGAGGUGGAGUGGUCCUCACCCUCUCCAUCCAGGCCCGGCAGGCACCGCGUUGGUUUAGUCUGCCAUGAAUUCCUUCCUCACAAGGGACUAUGAGCUGAGUCCAAGGAUGUGGGAGAUGUGGCCUAGUGUGGGAGUGACUGUACAAAGUUGGCCUUCUAGAUUUGGCCAGAUGCACUGGCUCCAGAUGUGGCACCCGUCCUGGGGAAUCCCUGAGGAGAAGGAAGAGGAUAGGAGGAAGGAGGGAGUCGUUCUGGGUCACGCUUAUCCUUUCUCUUCAGUUUGUUCCUGGGAGAGUCUGUGUUCUAGCCUGUUGGUCCUGAGCAUGUGUGAAGUAGAUGGGGAAAGCUGGUGCUGAGCUCCAGGCUGCCCCCUAUCCUGAGCUGAGAUGCCUGCUCAGAUGCUCCGGGAUAGAAAAGGAGAGUUGUUAGCUAAUCAGUUCAAACUAAUUGACCCGCUCACGUUCAGGAAGCCUAAUGUCAGAGGUGAUCCACACAGAUGAACACCAUCAAAAACAUGGCGUUCACUUGUAUGAACACGAGGAGCCUGUCAGGGUCAGAAACUCUGGCUGGUAUCCUUCAGCUGCUCUAUGCCCCCUAGGGUCUACUAAGAUGAUGUGGCCUGGAAAUAAACAGCUUCUGAUUUUAGGAUCAGGCAUGGGGACCAGAAGCCAUGCCUAUAAGACUGGCUCUCCAGCCCCUGAGGGACUGGAACCCCAGCACCUCUCCAUGGCCUUCUAAUUCUCUUUUCUCUGUCUGAUGCAUUUCCAUGGAGAUGUCCAGAGCUGAGUAUGGGCUAGCCAUGCCAAACCACAGAGCACCUCCCUGCUCCACCGAUCCAGAGAGAAUCCUUCCUCUCUGCUGAUGGUAAGAGGCUGGAGAUGUGCCUCCAAUAGUCCUGUGUACUGGGACCCCAGGAAGGCAAGCUCUGUUGACCAGGGCAUAUAUAUAUAUAUAGUUUGGUUGUCCAAACUCUAACAAGUAUGCUAAUGAGGCUUGCCACAGGGGCGUUAUUUUCCUUACCAGAGCUCUUCUGAACCAUCGGUGGUGUGCCUAGCUUCAGGACCACCACAGUCCUUCUUGGUGAUAGCUCUCUCUAUACGACACAUGCCCCGGGUUUAGAAAGAUGCCAGCCUGGCUAUCCCUAAAAGAAUCAAGGCCCCACCAUCAACUGUGUGGAAACCUAGUUACUUUUAGUAUGUGAAACUCAUCCAUGAGGCCAUGGAUCUCUUUGCAGGCAUUAAUUUCUCCAUGGUAAGAGAGAUACGGUGAGGGGGAGCUCAGGAUAUCUCCACAGGCAGCGCACGGCUCUGUCUAGCCCAAGGACACCACUAUCACUAGAUCUUUUCAUUAUUAUUUGAAUGUUGAAUUUGAAUAAUUCCUGCAGUUGGGAGAGGUAUUCAGGGAAAAUGUGGUUGAGAUUUUAACGUGGCUAUAAACACAGUCUUCAUGGCUGUCAACACAGUCUUCUGGAAAGGCUUACUGACAUUUGAAUGUGCAAACGGUAGGACCAGACCGCAGGGCUCUUUCAUUGAACUUCUCUAAAGCAGGCAGGCAUGUGCUGUGGGCAGGCCCAGUUGCCUGCCUGGCUGUGGCCUGAGGUCGGCACUUCCUCUAACCAGCAGCUGUGCUUUAGGAAGCACACAGCACCCUGGCCUGACCUCCGGGCCUUCCCCAGCCAGGAGUGAGUCCUAGGAACCUCAUUCCAUUGACUCCUCCCAGGAAGGCUCAGGGUUUCUCUACUGGCCUGGAUUCUUGGGCCUUCCCCCUGGGAACAGAAGGCCCAAACUGACAUCCCUGUAGUCAGCCCACAGGCCAGGUUGCCCUUCCAAGUGCCCUGAGACAACAGUCCCUUCUCUGCACGGGAGAAAGUGAACAGGCCCCACUUCUCUUCCUGCUACAAGGACACCCUUUGUGGAAGUCAUUGUCUCAGAGUUAAGGGUGCACUUUCCAUACUCCUGAAAGGUCAUUGACCUUCAGCAUCAGCUAUGACAAACCCAAGUUAAGUGGCUUUACCCAGCUCAGCAGCCUGCAGGACAGGGCCCUCUGCUGUCUCUUUCUAAAAACCUUAAGGUCUUUUAGGAUGAUCUAUCCAUAUUUCUUUCCCCCCCCCCCCAUAUCGUUACUGAAGCAACUUGUGUUACUUCCCCAAAUGACGAUUUGACUUAAGUGGGGAAGGAAAAGAGGUGGGCUAGACAGCUUCACAUACACACACCCCUUUCCUGAAACAUGUGCAGUUCUGAGGACAGUAUACUUGAGGGUCUCCAUGCCCAGUGGAGUGCGCUGUCAUUUGAAUUCACAUCAGUUCCCCCUCAUAAUCAGACUUUGUGCCAAACCCCACCUCAAACCCCAGCCUUGACUAGAGGCUCUGGCUGAUUUGCUUUUGUGAAAUUUCUGCUCAACCUUCAUAUUCUUUCUUCCCCCAAAGGCCCUCAAAGCCCUGUAAAAGAUGGAAAACUUUAGCCUUUCUGUCAGAUGCGAGAAAACCAAACAAGGAGAUGGUCCAUUGUGAUAAGAAGCUCUGAGUUUAUUUUUCUCCCGCUUCUGAACCUGUAUUUAUAUUUGCUGAUUGAACAUUGUGGUGUGGAAUUUCAGGCUGUCACACACGCCUUCCUUGCACAGCCAGUGGGCAAAGGUCACUUCCGGCAACGUUUUCUUCCCAUUUGUCUGGUGAUCCCCAAGCCGGCGGCUCUUCGCAGUUGCUCUCCGGUGUCUGUACAUAGUUCGUCUUUGUAUAGGAGUGAGUGCGUGUGGUGAGCGUCAGUCCGUACUCUUCCGGGUUCUUGUUCCACAGAUGACAGCUGUGUGAGGAAGAUGGUGUAUGAAUUAAACUGGAUCUCUAUGGCCUAGGUUUUGUACAUACAGAAACUGCAUGGUAUUUAAAUUAUUGUUUGUCUGAUGAUGUAUGCAGUUUCUUUAAAAACAAACCAAAAAAUCAA